AUGGGUUACAGCCGGGACACCUUCUACCGGUACAAGGAACUCUACGAGAACGGUGGCGAGGCCGCCCUCAAUGAGAUUUCCCGCAAGAAGCCGCUGCUCAAGAACCGGGUCACGGAUGCGGUGGAGCAGGCGACGCUGCCGGUCGCGGUGGAGUUUCCCGCCUAUGGACAGCUGCGAGCGGCCAACGAACCGCGCAAGCAGGGGAUCAUCGUCUCCCCGGGAGGGGUCCGGUCGGUGUGGCUCCGUCACGACCUGGUGUAA